AUUUGAUCUAUCAAAUGUUCAAUACAAUUCUGAUUUAUCAUAUCAAAUUGAAUCGAUUUUGUUAGCUGGCUCUGCUAUCUCUUUAUUUUCUAUGGCACAGAUUAACGCGAAAUUUGAUCGUGUCAUGAUGAAUUGUUUGGACGGGAUCGGAAUGCAUGGACCGUCGCAUUUUCUACAUUCUAGUAGUGAAGAUAUGCGAUGUGUUAAAGAUGAUUAUUCGAAAAAUUUUAUUCAUGAUUGUCCUACUGGACAUCAACUCAAUCAAUUUAUUACAGGAAAUGAUCAAGAAGAUGAUAUUUAUGCUCCAGCAUUUUUAAAAUUCGAGUCUAAUGUUACUGGUAUGGCAAUAACCGCUGUAUCACAAGAAUUCACAGUUGCAAUAUUUACAACAGAUGAUGGCUAUCUAUACAAGUAUGAGCUUCUCAGUCUUGAUAAAGCACAUCUUUUAGGGUCGCUACAAUUAGUUCCAAAUGGUCAACCAAUAACAAGCUUAGCGUUAGACCAUACUGGAACAAUAGCAUUUGCAACAUCAUUUCAUAAGGUUUUUCGCAUUGAGUUAUUCAAUUGUUCAGCAUAUUUAACAUGUCAGUCAUGUUUAAAGGCUCGUGAUCCUUAUUGUGGUUGGUGUAUAGCAGAAGGCCGGUGUUUACUGUUUCACCAAUGUCCUUUAGUAAUGUCUCGUGUAAAAUCAUCUAAUGAUCUCAAAAAGAAACGAUCUCCAAACAAGUAUUCUGGUAACAAAUAUUCCUCAUUAGACCCAAUUUAUUGGUUACACUAUAAUACUUCAACUAAUAAAUGCCCAGUAAUUAGACAAGUUAGUCCGCCUGGUAUUCAAAUGAGCACAACCCCUAUGGUUACUUAUGCUAACCAGGACAGUCAAUACUAUCAGCAGAACAUAAUUUUGAGUUUAGAUGCAAUUCUUUCUGAGAACCUCCCCAAUUCUGAUUGGUCAGAAGGAUUUUUCUCUAAAACUCAACCUCAUCAAAUAAAUUCCUUUGGGGACUUUGAAAGUCUACACCAUCCGUCACUUGAUGAAAGUAGUGUUAAUGCUAAUUCACAGUUGUUUUGCAGUUUUCGAGAAGCACCAACAUCAAUUCUUCAAAUGGAAUCUUUGAUUUCUGGAACCCUUUCAAACCUCGAUUUAAAUAAGAUUUUGUUAAAUGUUACUCGCACACCACUACUCGCUAGAACUGCUGUGAAAUUGUUUUACUCGUCUGGAAAACCUGUAGAAGCACAUUGCUUGUCUCCAGUAGUACCAUCACGAUUACCUCAGCUUGAGGAUGGUAAAGCUUCUCUACCUUUGUUAUUAUGGCUAGAAAAAGUAAAGACAACUGAUGUAGAUCCUGAUAAUGUUGGUGCACUUGCACCUGCUCUAUUUGCUAUUUAUGAUUGUUCUCAGCUUAAAGAUUGUCAGUCUUGUUCACGAAGUCGAUUUGUAUGCGCAUGGUGUUUAUUUGAAGAUCGAUGUGUUCCUGUUUCUCCAACAUUAUCUUCAGAUGGACAAAUAACGAAUACUGUAUGUAAAGAUUCUUUCUCGAAGUCUUCUGAAAAAAUUAAUCCUCCAUUCGGUAUUAUUCCUCCUGGUCAUGCUGACGACUGUCCACGUUUUAAGGGGUCUAUCGAAAGAAUCACCCUAACUAAUGGUUCAUCGCUUUCUGUUAACUUCUAUGUUUCAAAUGUUCAAAAACAACAAAUUGUUGGAUUUAGUUGCGCAGAAAAUUGUACAAAUCAACAGGUUCGCGCUUCGUUUAAUCCAUCUAAUUCAACGGUGUUCUGUCAUAUAGAAGUGAUUAAUCUGACAGAACAAUUAAGUACUCGUCUGUUGCAAAACAAUCAUAACCAACAAUCACAUGAUGCAGCUGUACUAUGUGGCUUAGAUCUUUAUUGGCACGGAUUGAAUGAUCAUGAUGAAAAAGGUCACCGUAUGGUGAAUGAAGAUCAAGUUCAAGUGGAGGUUUAUGCAUGUGAAUGGUUAGCAGAUUAUUGUGAUAAAUGUUUAGAUCUUCCUUCACGAUUCGAUUGUACCUGGUGUAUUUCUGCUCAGGAUUAUGAGAAUAAAAACAUACUCAAAGAAGGUAAAUGUCGUACUCGAAAUUCAUGCAUUGAACGUAAAUACUUCAAUGGUUCUACAAUUCUACGCCAGUACUCUUUUCGACCAGGUGAUGUAUGCCCAAAUCCUGAAAUCUUAUCACUUUCUCCAACGAAUGGCACUUUGACAGGACAACCGAUACUUACCAUUACUGGUCGAAAUUUGGGUCGUAAUGCGAUGGACAUAGUAGAAGUCUUUUUAGAUCUCCAACCGAAAAUCCAAUGUACUGUUUUAUCGGAAACAUAUCAGCAUUCAUAUAAAUUUAUGUGUAAGCUUGUUGCAGCAACUCAUUUGUCACUGCCUGUUUCUAGUAAAUUAAAGGUUGUGAUAAGCAACAAACGAUAUGAAGCAUUCUCACCGGUUUUUCACUUCGCUGUUCCCCAUUUAAUACACGCAACACCUCAACGUGGACCUAAAGCAGGCGGGACUCGAUUAUAUUUGUCAGGUACUAACUUAAACAUUGGAGGCCAGCGCGCUGUUUAUUUAUACCUCCCAACAAUCAGCGGGACAAGUGAUGAGUCUCAUAGAGAUCGAUUUUCAGAAUCAGAUGUUCGAGUGAAAUGUGAAAUCGAACAAGAAUCAGAAACAUUAAUUAUUUGUUUAACUGGUCCAUUGCUUAAAGAAACAAUCAGUAAAAUGAUUAGUAAAAAACAAUUUAAACGACAUGCAUUAUUUGUAAACUCGAACAUGAAUGAUAACAACAAUAAAACAUUAACACCCCCCAAAAUAGCAACACCUCAACCACCGCCAACAACAACAACAACACUAAUCACAAAUGAUGAACAUCAUAUACCAUUAUCAUUAAUAAUGAUGCAUGAUAUGACUUCAACUUAUCUAUCACAUUCAUUUUCAUUUAUUUAUACACCGAAUCCUUAUAUAUUGGAAGUUUUACGACAAAAUGUUUUAGUUGGAGGUGGAACUACCGUCAGAGUUUUUGGCUCUUAUCUAUUUGUAGUUGAAGACCCUAGAUUAGUCUUUUAUUAUAAUGGUUCUGAGUACAGCAUGAGUUGCCUUAUUUCCUCAAAUGAACAACUGGAUUGUUUGAGUCCUUCCCUUGUUGUAUUUCAAGAUACUCCUUUGGUGAAAGAAGAUGUGAAUAGUAAACACGUAUAUAUAAAUGAAAAGCUUGAUAAUUCAAUACAGUCUAGCACUAGUGUUUCGAUAAAUAGAAAGCAACCUGUCACUUCUCGUUUAACAAUAUCUCAACCACUGGUACUUUCUCAACUGAAAUCAAACCGUGAGUUUUACCACUCUGCUUUUACAUCACAUACACCUAAUUGGCCAACUGAAGUACCAUAUGGUUUUAUUAUGGAUGGUGUACAUCAACUUCGCAUAUUUGGUCUUAUCAAAGUAUAUCAAGAUCCUGUUGUAAUUCCAUUUCCUGAUGGUAUUCGUGUGGAAAAUCUUGAUGAUUAUUUAACAGAUGAUCUAAUCAACGAUCAACAUAUUGUUGAAAUGAAUGGUUAUCCAAGUCAAAUAUCUAAUCAAUCAUUGGAACUAUCAUCUCAAUCAGUUUCAUUAACAAAUCCUCAUAAAUUAUCAAAUCAAAUAAAUUAUCCUAGUGUUAAACAAUUAAUUCGAAUUCAUGGUCAUUUUGAUGCGCUUGUUCAUGCUCCAGAACUAGCUAAACCUGAUGAAUUAAUUGUAAGAGUAGGUGAUUCAUUAAUUUGUGAAGUUAAUUCUAUUAUGCUGACAGAAAUACGUUGUGAUUUAGAUAGAAGAACAAUUAUAAAACAUCAAGACUAUCCUGUUGAAGUCCAAUUUGGACAUUUUCUUAUUUAUCGUCCUGGCUCUGUUCGUUUUGUUGCUUUACGUCAAGCAGCAUUACGCAGUCAAAUUAUCAUGUUAUUUAUUGGUCUUCUGUUAAUUUUAAUCUUUGUUUGCUUGAUUGGAUUUAUUCUUUGGCGACGUUUUAUGCAACAUCAAAGAAAUUAUCAAGCUAAACUUGAUGAAAAAUAUGCUGAACAUGAAAAUCGUGUUGUUCGUAUAUUUAAAGAAGAUUUCAUGGAAUUACAAACAAGUAUGCAAGAAUUUUCUCAGGAAGUGAAAAAGCAUAAUCUACCUUAUCGAGAUUAUAGAACAUUUUGCCUAUUUUCCUUAUUCCCUGAAUAUCAUUGUGAAUUAAUGAAUCCAAUUAAUCCACAUGUAUCCAUUCCAUUGUUAACUAGAACUGAUCUAACAGUUAAAUCAUUGAAUAGUGUAAAUUUAUCAAGUGCAUUUGUGCCACCUCAUCCAUUACUAUCACCUUUCACAGUUCAUAUUCGAGCACAUGAUGAUGCAACCAAAGGAAUCUCGUUAUUUCAUGCACUUUUAUGCAAUCGUCAAUUUUUAUAUCUUUUAAUUCAUUUAAUUGAAGAGGAUAAAAACAUAAUGGCUAAAGAUAAAUCUCGUAUUGCUUCUCUACUCUGUGCAGCUUUACAACCAAAAAUGGAUUAUUUGACAAGUGUAAUGUUUGAUUUAAUGACUGAUUUUUUGUAUCAACUUCAUCUUCAAGGCGAUACACGUUUAGCUACUGCUUUUCGACGUGCUGAAACUAUUGUUGACAAAAUUUUAUCUAACUGGUUAACAUUUCUUUUAUAUAAAUUUAUUAAAAAUAGUGUUGGUGAAAAUUUAUUCUAUUUUUAUCGAGCUCUUCUACAACAAAUCAAUAUGGGUCCACGUGAUGCUAUCACUGGGAAAGCUAGAUAUACAUUAGAUAGUUCAUCAUUACUUCAAACAGAAAUGACUGGAAAGCAAAUUACACUUUAUGUUGAAGAUCCUCAAAAUUUAUUUGGUUUUUCUACUUCAUCUAUUUCUGUCAAAGUACUUGAUUGUGAUACAAUUACUCAAGCUAAAGAGAAAAUUUUAGAUGCUAUCUAUAAAAAUAAACCAUAUUCAAAACAAAUUAAAUCUAUACAAUUAGAAUUGAAGAGAUUGGAUGAACAACGAGUUAUCGCGCAAAACCCUGAAAAUGAAUUCUUCACUAAUCAAAUUUUAUCAGAUUGGGAUGUAAAAAUCCGUUCGAAUCCAUCAACUUCAAUUGCUCAUGAAAAGUUACCAUUUCGAUUGAACUGUAUUGCAGAUUAUCAUCUUAAAGAUAAAUCACAUGUUGCACUGGUUAGUUGUGAAUUUACUCAAUCAAAUCAUAGUCAUUUCACAUCGGAUGUAAUACAAUCUAAUGAUUUUCAAACUCAAUCAACAAUAACUCAAAAUUCACGUUUUCUUAUUGAUCCAGUUCUUCAUGUACCUCCUGUAUCUCGUCCACUACCACCAAUCAUCUCUCCUACUGAUGCUACAACGUCAGUCAAAAAUAAUACGGACCAGUUAAAGACUAUCACAAGCCCUACAUCUAAUGUUCAUAUUAACAAUGAUCAAUUAAAUCUGUCAAAAUUCUCUACUCCAUUUGAAGAAUCUUUUUGUUUUCGUCCAGUUGGAACUCCUGAUCCUAAAUUGUGGUAUCAUUUAGAGUGGACAGGUAACCACAAUGAUAAUAUCAUGGAUGCUAGUGGAGUGAUUAAGAGAUCCAGUAAACUCCUAAAUAAAAGAUCUAGUAAUCUGCAACGUUUGUUUUGCACAUGCACACAUACAGAUGACUAUUCUCAUGUAAAUGACUGUUCAAGUAAUAAAGACGAUACUACAACACGUAAUUUACAUGAAAAUGAAAUAAAUAAAAUAUGUUCAGGAUGCACAACACGUUAUCCUCUUUUAUCACCUCCCGAGGUGAAUUCUAUAAAGAAUCAUGAUAUUUUACUAUCAGUCAAUAAUUCCAAAUGUUUGAAAAAGUGGAAAAAACAUCACAAUCGCUUGAAACAUAGAAAAGAUAGAUCAAAACAUUCCGUUUUCAAAGGAGAUAAAAAUGAAUUAAUGCUAUCUGAAACUUCGAAAAGUUUGGAUCAUCUCAUUGAAACAUUACCAAAAGAAGUGUUCUUUAAUCGUCUUUUGUUAACACGUUUGUCUGUUACAAAGUAUAUGGAUAAAUUAUUCGAAGUCAUAUUUAGCAGUGUUGUACAAUCGCAUAGUUUACCAGCUCCAAUUAAAUAUCUUUUUGAUUUUUUGGAUGAUAAAGCAAUUAAACUAGGUGUACAUGAUUCGAAAAUAGUUCAUGCUUGGAAAUCUAACUGUAUACAAAUGCGCUUCUGGAAUCAAUUUAUUACCAAUCUGGAUUAUAUAUUUGAUAUUCCGUUGUUACGUAACACUGCAUUAGAACGUUCAUUUCAUGCAUUCAGUCAUGCGAUGACUUAUGCAUGUGCACCAAAUAAAGAAAAAAUAACUAAAGAUUCAUCUUGUGUAAAACUGCUUUUUGCUCCGGACAUUUCUCAACAGUGGAAUAGAGUGCAUAAUUAUUAUCGUGAAAUUAAAGCUUUACCUACAGUUGAACAAGAAACAAUGAAUAAUCUCUUACGACAACAUUCUCAUAAUCAUUCUAACGAUUUCAAUGUAUCUUGGGCAGUUUUUGAAUUGUACACAAAAUAUGUUAGAAAUUAUCAAGAUAUGCUCAUAGCUCAUUUACAACAAGAUGUCAUCAAUCGAUCAUUUAGUAAUUAUGGUAUAUCAAAAUCAAACCCCUUUGAAAAAUCCUUUAUGUCUACAAACACAGAAUGGAAUCCUGUUCAAAUUAUUCAAAUGCUUAUUGAAAUUAAACGAUGUUUAGAUAAUGUACAUACUAUUCAAACAUCAACUAAUGAUCAAUAUCAUUAUCAACCUCAUCAUCAUCAUAAUACAACACAUCCUAAUGUUAAUUCAUUUUCACCGAAUUCUACAAUAGCUGGUGAUAUUUCUGUACCGUAUGAUUCAGCAACGGCAAUUUUUCACUCUUCUGCUGUUGCUGCUGCCGCUUCUGCUUCUGCUACUGCUACUGCUACAACUACAAAUAUUGAUGUUGGUAAUUUCUCUCAAACAUCAUCUGCUCUAAGUCAAACUGCAACUGAUCGUUUAGAUACACUUUGUUCAUAUAAUACAUUAACUACAGAAUUUGCUGGUGAUGAAACUAGUCGAUCUGCACAUCAUUAUUAUUAUCAUCAUCAUUAUUAUCAUUAUCAUUCAAAUGAAGAUACACAAAUGAAUAACAAUGCCACUACUACUAAUAAUAAUACUACUAAUAAUGAUAAUAAUAAUAAUGAUUCACCAAACAAACUAACUGAUUUAUCUGCUCAUUCUACAGCAAUCAGUACAAAUGAUACUUAUGCAGAUAGUAUUUCCAAGUCGAAAGAUCCGUUAACUUAA